CUUAUUGUGAGAGUUGAGUCCAGCAGGACAAUGCUCUUUCAACUGCUGUUAUGGACGGCAUUGCUCUGUCACAUCUCAGAUGGCCAAACUUCCAGUCAAAGACACAAGCGGACAGUUUGGGGACCUAAUAUGCGAAUAAUUGAACCAGUCACUGACCGAUCUCCAUCGUUUUCUGUUUUAGCUCCAGCAAAGAUAAGACCUGGAACAAAACAGAACAUCUUGCUGGAGGGUCACAAACUGUCCCAUCCAUUAAAAGUCUCCAUCGCGAUCUAUGAAUACCCAGUCUCCCAAUCAGCCUUAAUGAUGGGCUUUGUUACCCUCAAUUCAGACAACAACUACAGUGCCCUUACAGCCAUUGAGAUUGAUCCAAAUGUGCUGCAACCAGAUGGAAAGAAAAAAUAUGUGAAGCUUGUUGCUCGGUUUAGCAAAUUCCAUCAUGCAGAAAGAAUAUUACCAGUGUCAUUCCGCUCUGGAUACAUCUUCAUUCAGACUGAUAAACCGGUUUACAACCCUGGAGACACAGUGCGUUGCAGAGCUUUUGUGUCUGACACUGAAUUCCGUGCUGCUGAGAGGACCAUUUCUCUGGAGAUUCAGAAUCCAGAUGGUAUUGCAGUACAUGGUGUUUCCAGAGUCAGAGCAAUGGAUGGGAUAUUCUCUAACACCUACCCCCUCUCACCUAUAGUCAAAGAGGGCAAGUGGAAAGUUGUUGCAAAGUUUGAUCAAGGAAAAGAGAACAUAUUCACUCGAGAGUUUGAUGUCAAGAAAUACAUGCUUCCGGCAUUCAAUGUCACUUUGACUCCAAAGACAUCCCACCUCAGACUAGAUGCAGAAAAACUGGAAGUAGAAAUAACAGCCAGAUAUCUUUAUGGUGAACCAGUGAAAGGUGUUGCGUAUGUGCUGUUUGGUAUUGAAAUUAAUGGUGAAAAGAAGAGACUCACAUCUAUGAAACAACUACAUGAUCUGAAUGGAGGAAAUGUUAUUUUGACUAUGGAGGAGAUAAAGAAGGCCUAUCCUGACACAAACAGCCUACUGGGGACUUCUGUGUACGUCAAAGCGUCAGUAAUGACCAGCUCAGGUAGUGACCUAGUGGAAGCAGAGAAAUCCGGCAUUAAAAUAGUAGUGUCACCCUACAUGCUCUCCAUCAAGGACGCACCAAAGUAUUUCAAACCUAACCUGCCAUUAACAUUGACGAUUACUGUGAGUGACCACGAUGGAUCUCCAGCCCGUAAUAUUCCUGUUAAAAUCAGCUUUCUUAAAAGCCCAAUCACCGAACACAGCGGCACCUUCAAUGCCUACAUCAGCAUACCUGCGAAGACUGGCUCACAGACACUGAAGGUGGAGACAGCAGAUCCAUCACUGAAACCAGAGCAGCAGGCCGUUCAAGAGAUGCGUGUGGAGCCAUAUGCCGCUUUUAAUGCCUACUGGAACUACCUGCACAUUUCAGUGGUCAGCAGUCGAGUGGUGGUGGGCGACACACUCAACAUCCAAGCUCACAUCAAAUUUAACCCAUCGGUUUGGAAAAAAAUUGUGGAGAAGCUGACGUAUGCCGUGUUAAAUAAGGGAAACAUAAUCCAUGCUGGUAGAAUAAGUGUCACACACCUGGACGUCAUAAACAUUCCUCUGCUGGUUACCUCAGAAAUGCUACCUGCAUUUCGUUUUGUGGCCUACUACAUUGUGCCAUGGGAACAACCGGCAGAAGUGGUGGCAGAUUCUGUGUUUGUGGAUGUGGAGGACCGCUGUGUAGGUUCGCUUAGUGUAGGUCCAGUGGAGGGAGAAAAACUCAAUUCGUACUCACCAGGCAGCAGCAUUACAUUUGAAGUGAAAGGAGACCCGGGGGCAAAGGUCAGCCUGGUUGCUGUGGAUAAUGCCAUCUUUCUGUUGAGUAAAAAAAGACUGACGCAGAAGAAGGUGUGGGAGGUGGUGGGUCAGGGUGAUAUGGGCUGCACCGCUGGAGGAGGCAGGAAUAAUAUGGGUGUUUUCAGUGACGCAGGACUGAUGUUUUAUUCCAGUACGGGAGGAUCUACGGACUACAAAAAAGAUUGUUCCAGUAGUUCUAGAAGAAGACGUUCUGCUGCCAAACUUCAGCUUAGAGAACAACUUGAGAAGGUAUAUUCUGACGAGUUCCUGCAGAGAUGUUGUGUGGAUGGCAUGAGGGAGAUUCCCAUGCCGUAUUCCUGCUACCGUCGCUCGCUCUACAUCACUGAGGACUGGAGCUGUGUGUUGGCUUUCCUCCGCUGUUGUGCAGAGUACAGAGGGGAGGAGAUCAGUGUUGUUACCAGACCUCCUACAACCACCCCUCCACCCACCACCAAGCUAAUUUCAUACCCGCGUUAUGGUAAUCAAUAUCCUUCGAAAACUCUUGUGCUACCUUCGUUCUACGGACCUUCGAUCCGUGUUGAGGGCGUUCUCACACCUGAGAAGCCAGUACGUGAGGACAGUCAUGCUAAAAAUAUGGGAGAAGAAGAGGAGGAUGUGGAAGAGUUUGAUGAAGAUGAUUUAGCUGACUUAGAGGACAUUUACGUGCGCAGCAAGUUCUUCGAGUCGUGGCUGUGGACUGACAUCAGGCUACCCAGUGUUCCCAAGUCAGAUGGGUUGGCUGUAUCUCCAGUAAACACAGUUCUUCCUGACAGCAUCACUCAGUGGGGGUUUCUAGCUGUCAGUGCUUCACCUCAGACAGGUUUCUGUGUAGCUGAACCAUAUAACGUCCGGUCGUGGAAGCCGUUCUUCAUAGAUCUGCGGCUGCCUCACUCAGUGUCCAGAAAUGAACAUGUGGAAAUCAAAGCUGUGGUGCACAACUACAGGAACUCAAAACUGGAGGUCAUGGUGAUUCUGGAUAAGACAGAGGACAUGUGUAGUGUUGCAUUUAGAGGACAGCACAGACAGCAGGUUUCGGUACCGGCCGGCUCCUCCAAGCUCAUUUCAUACACCAUCAUCCCUCUCAAAACAGGAGAGCUCCCUCUACAGGUCACAGCCGUCACGGCCUCCUUCCUGGGACAGGAUGCAGUGAGGAAGAAACUGCGUGUGGUAGUUGAAGGCAUCCAGACAAUUAAAGUUAGGAGCUUUGUGCUGAACCCCGCUGAGAAAGGUAGAGCUGGUAGACAGCUGAUAGAAGUGGAGAAACUGCAAUUGGACGCCAUUGUACCAAAAUCUCUGCCGGAGACAUUUGUCAAUGUCAGAGGUAAUUUGCUGGCAGACAGCAUUGAUAACUCCAUUAAGGAGGACUCUCUGGCAGCAUUGAUCCGGAUGCCCGGUGGGUGUGUAGAGCAGAACCUGGCCAGAAUCACGCUGCCCCUCAUUGCCACCCAUUACCUGGACCGCAGUAGAAACUGGGACGCUGUGGGAAUAAAUCGCAGAGCAGAGGCCAUCCAAUACAUCCAAAAAGGGUAUGAAAAUCAACUUAAUUAUCGAAAAAAGGAUGACUCAUAUCCACCCUAUGCCAAAGAAGGCACCAGCACAUGGAUCACUGCAUACGUGGUGAAGGUUUUCUCCAUGGCAAAAUCGUUUAUUAGCAUCAAUGACAAGCAUCUGUGUGGACCUCUGGUGUACCUGCUCAAGAAUAAACAGCGUCCUGAUGGAUCCUUUCAGGAGGACAAUCCUGUCUAUGACACCAGUAUGACGGGAGGCCUGCACGGCUCUGAAUCCAGAGUGUCUCUGACCGCAUUCGUGCUCAUUGCUUUGGAAGAGGCACAAAAAGUUGUUACCUGCCAAGAGCCAGACCUUGACAUACAGGGCAAGUCUAAAAAAGCAAUGGUGUAUCUAAAAGAGCAUUUCCCCCGACUGACAAGGCCGUACACAGCGGCUAUAGCAUGCUACAUUUUAGCAGUAUCCAUUAACGGCUGCAUGACGAGCAUGUUACUAAAUUUAGCCUCGCCUGAUCGUUCCCACUGGCCUGACUCUAGUAAUCAUUUCUUCACACUGGAAGCUACCGGCUAUGCACUGCUAGCGCUGAUCAGCGGUGGCCACAUGGAAGAGGCAGCAGCUCCUUUUCGAUGGUUAAAUGAGAAGCGUGGCAUUGGGGGAGGAUACGGCUCUACUCAGUCCACUAUGGUGGUGCUACAGGCCCUGUCUGAGUAUCUGGUAAAGAGGCCUCCUCUUGACGACCUCAAUCUGUUGGUGCAGCUCAGUGUUCCCGGUCGCAGUGAUGUACGCUGGACCUUCAAUCCAAAAGUGGCAUAUGUGGCCCGAUCUCAACGGGUGCCUCUCGACCAGAAAUUCACAGUGGAGGCUUCUGGGAAGGGCAAAGGAGUUUUGGAGGUAGUGACGGUGUACCACCAGCUUCCUGAUGUGUAUGAGAACAGCACAUGUAAUGGAUUUCAGCUGGACGUCUCAAUCGCUGAGACUAAUGAUAAAUACUGUACAAUGUACAGUUCUUGGAAGUGAGAAAGAACAAGACAU